GGCAGAGAGAGCUGUGUGUGUAUAUAUGUGCUCGCGAGCGGCUAUGUGUGUAUGUGUACAUGUGUGGCAGAGAGAAAAUGGGUGUAUAAGUCAAAGUGUGCAUGUAUGCGUGCCGUGACGAGGCGGCGAAAGAAUGCAUUAGAUCCAGUAAACGUAUUUCUCUCACUGCGGUUGAUGACCCUGCAGCAUACUCGAAGCCCACCUAAUAAAUUAUCUAAAUUUGUGUCAUGGCUUCAUAGAGAUGGGAAUCCAAGUGCUGUCAGCUGCAACAGCUAGCAAAUCUGUAAAGACAAAGUAUACAGACCGCAGUGACCUGUAAGUCUUCGUUGUGCGUGCGCGUACUAGCAGCGCGAGGUACAAAGCUGGUUGGAUGUGGACUGUGGACAACAUCUUCGAGUACAUGCACGUGUUGGGCCUGAAUGGGCCCCAGAGGAUGGUACGGAAGGUGGAGGAACUGUUAGGAGACAAUUUUGGCGCCAAAAUUAUCGAUGUUGGCGCUGGAUCAGGACUUGCCGGAAUGGAGCUUUUCGAAGCGGGCUACAAGAACCUGGACGCUGUUGACGCGUCCCAAGGCUUGCUCAAGGUGGCGGAGAAAAAGGGAUGCUACAAAAACAGGAUCUGUCAGUUUGUCGGCCAGCAACCUCUUCCAAUCAAUAACGACACCUAUGACGUGGCCGUCCUCUGCGGCGCAAUGGGGGAAAGCCACAUCCCCAAAAUCGGACUGAGGGACAUCAUACGUAUUGUUAAGCCAGGAGGUUACAUCGUAAAUGUGUUUCGUGAAGAGGCUCUUAGGGUUCCGUACUAUGGAGAUGGUUUAGAGCCCUACAUGAGACAACUGGAGCAAGAAGGCUUAUGGAAGGAGCACGCACGUCAUGUCUUCCCGAAGAACAUCGACAACGUUGAGGGACUUAUGUUGGUGCAUAGAAUUAUGUGAGGAGGCGAAGUAAACGGCGGUGGGUGGUUAGCGGUUGCUUCGUUGUGGUUUGCUUCUUCUUUCCUAUCAAACAUCUAUCGUCCUUAUCUC